GUCAAACUGUUUUUUUAUUUCCGCUACAUAGAAAUCUCAAGUUUCAGGGUCUCUUGUUGUCUCCUCCCCACUGCUGUCCAGCAGCUGCUCUCCUCUCUCAACUCCUCUCUCGCUUGGUUAUUCUUAUCUUUGCAGCAAAAAUGGCGACAGCCGGUAAGGUCAUCAAGUGCAAGGCAGCAGUGGCCUGGGAGCCCAACAAGCCCUUGGUGAUUGAGGAGAUUGAGGUAGCCCCACCCCAGGCCAAUGAGGUCCGCAUCAAGAUUGUGGCAACGGCUGUGUGCCACACGGACCUGCACCAGCUUUUGGAGAGAAUGAAUAAAGACGAAUUCCCAACAGUUCUCGGCCACGAGGCAGCUGGUAUUGUAGAGAGCGUCGGGCCUGGAGUCACUGAAUAUCAGCCAGGAGAUACAGUAAUUCCUUUGACCAUCGGCCAGUGUAGAGAAUGUCGCUUCUGUAAAAGUCCAAGGACCAACCAGUGUGACAAAGGAUGGUUGGCACCCCCAGAGAGGUUUACCUGUAAGGGGAAGAAGGUGUUGCAGUUUGUGGGAACCAGUACCUUCUCUGAGUACACCGUGGUGAACCAGAUGGCUGUGGCCAAGAUUGACCCUGCUGCCCCUCUGGACAAGGUCUGUCUUCUUGGGUGUGGUGUCUGUACAGGAUACGGAGCAGCAGUUAAUAAUGCAAAGGUGGAACCAGGCUCCACGUGUGCUGUGUUCGGCCUUGGAGCUGUGGGUUUGGCUGCAGUCAUGGGCUGCAAGGCUGCAGGAGCCAAGAGGAUUAUUGCUGUUGACAUCAAUCCGGAGAAGUUUGAAAAGGCAAAGGUGUUUGGUGCAACUGAAUGUGUGAAUCCUAAGGAUCACAGUAAACCCAUCAGUGAAGUGCUGUCUGAGAUGACUGAUGGAGGAGUGGACUUCUCUCUGGAAUGUGUUGGGAAUGUUGAAGUCAUGCGCAGUGCCUUGGAGUCUUGUGUGAAAGGUUGGGGUGUCAGUGUGAUUGUUGGCUGGACAGAAUUAGAAGACUUUUCUGCCCGACCCGUUCAGCUUGUUGCUGGACGCACAUGGAAGGGCUCUGUGUUUGGAGGCUUUAAGGGGAGGGAUGAUGUCCCCAAGAUGGUUAAAGCUUACCUGGACAAGAAGUUGAAGCUGGAUGAGUUCAUCACUCAUAACAUGACUUUGGACCAAAUCAAUGAUGCCAUUGAACUGAUGAAGCAUGGCAAAUGCAUCCGGGCAGUCCUGAAUGUUUCUCCACAAUAAGACCACUGCGUUGUUUCGAGGGAACCCCCUGAACAAUUAAAUAUUUCACAAAUAAUACGAUGGACACAAUAUAGGGAUCUAACAAUUUAGACACAUGAUACAUGCACGAUUUGCUUGUGAUACCAACACACAAGGCAUCCCUCUUGUUGGUGUUUGGACAUGUCGAGGACGGUUUGUCACUUUCCACUAAUUACAUCCAAAGUGGCUUUCCAAAGUUAACUUCACAGAAAACAGUUACAUUUAGGCUAAGGUUAGAGAAAAAGAACAGGGGUGGGGUUAACAAAAACUACUUCCACAUUACUAGAUGCAGUUAUUCUUGUGAUCACGUUACAAGCUGAGUUUGCACAUGUAUUUGGAUUCUAUUUGUUCUUUCUAUUUUGCUGUGAGGUGAAAGUGCUAACCAUUACACAACCAUGUAGCCCAUCAAUCAAUCAAUCACACUUUACUGUAAAGCACUUUUCAAACAAAUAAAAAGUGAGACAAAUUGCUUCAACUCACUACUUACACUUACAACACACUACUCCAUCAUGAUGAAAUUAUCCUACGGAGGAUCAAUAAAGGUACAUGUUAUCUUAACAGGUGGGUGUUGUAAACUAUUGUACUGUACAAACAGUAUAUGUUCAAACUAUAGUCUGUCCUUUCUGUGAUUGCUUGGUAGAGUGCCCUGAUUUUCAGGGACAAAAACACCUGUGAAGGUGGCUAAUAAGGCGAUAGGUGUCCCACAGACCAUUGUGGAGGACCAGGGUCUGCAGAAAAUAAUCCUGAUUAAAGUACACAAAAAUGACCAAAUUUGCAUAUUUAUUUAUUUUGGACUGAAAGGUUUGAAACUGAGGGUACUCCUGCCCCUUAGCUUCCAAUGAUGAGAAAAUCAUACUGUUAUGUUUUAAAGACGAUGUCUUGGUCUUUAGGUCUUUAAAUAUGGGUCAACUUUCACAGUUCCUGUCUCUGGAAUGGUUGGUCAUUCGGGUUUGUAAAACCAUAUUCUAACAUAUGGGUUCACUUGUGGGAAGAGAAAUAAUUCAAAUCAAUAGGGAUAAUGUCAGAUGAUA